CCACUGCAAUGUCAUCUGCUACACUGCCUUCACUACGACCUGUCACUAUCGCCACUCAUAGUGGUAAAUUCCAUUGCGACGAGGUACUCGGCACGGUCAUGCUCGAUAAGAUCCUCGGCGGAUCAAAGAACUACAAUUUGGUACGGACACGAAACCCAGAGGUCAUCAGCAAGGCCGAUAUAGUUAUAGACGUUGGUGCCGAGUUUGACCCACCACGUCGCCGCUUCGACCAUCACCAGCGAACUUUCGAUGAGAAGUUCGACGACGAGAACAGGGUGUCAAGACUGAGCAGUGCUGGGUUAGUAUACAAAUACUUCGGCCGGGAGAUGCUGCGUAAUGUGUACAAUGUUACUGAUGAUAGGAAGCUCGAUAUUCUAUACAAGAAGCUCUAUAAUGACUUCAUAGAGUCCGUGGAUGCGAUUGACAACGGUGUUCCGAUAGCCGACGAAGCCCCGAAGUACCGCGUUUUCACCGAUCUGGCUUCUCGGGUUAGCCGUAAGAAUCCCAGAUGGAAUGAGCCGGAAGUUACUUCGGAGAUGGAAGAAGAGCGUUUCAGACAGGCGAUGGCGAUCUGCGAGGAGGAGUUGUCGGCACAGAUAGAGACCAUUCUCUCGAGUUUCAUACCGGCAAGAGAGAUCGUAGAGGAAGCGAUAUCGAAGAGGUUUGAAGUCCAUCCUUCGGGACGAGUGAUUCACCUCGCUCGUGGGUGUCCAUUCGCGGAGCAUAUCUUCGAAAUCGAACGUGAAAAGGGGUUGGCUACCGAAGCCUCGAAAAACGGUGAUGCCACGAAGAGGAAAGCCGAUACAUCCAGUAUCUUAUACGUUAUAUACUCCGAUGCCACUGGAGGGUACAGAGUACAAGCAGUUGGUGUUGAAGGGCAUAACUUUCUUUCUCGGAAACCUCUACCGUCUCGCUUUCGAGGAGUCCGUGAUGAAGAUCUAUCCAAGUUGGCUGGUAUCGACGGCCUUAUUUUCGUUCACGCCAGUGGAUUCAUAGGAGGCGCCAAGACCUAUGAAAGUGCCAAGAAGCUUGCUGCACUCGGAAUAGUGGAAGACGAUGAUUGAUAAUCGACCGCACUCUGAUGGGAUCAAAUCUGACGUUUCCAAUGC